UGUUUGUUUUUGUAUCAUGAUGUUCUCUUUUUGGGUGGCUUAGGUGUUGUUUAGGCUGUUGUUUCUUUGUUGGGGUAGAUUUUUCAGAAAUUGUUUGGUGGUGGUGGCCCUGUUGUAUGUAGACCGACUAUCGUGGCUUACUGGCUUGCGUUCCAGUUGCCACUGCUCAACAAGGAGAAGAAUGGUAGUCCACCACGUACACGUAAAUGCCUCAUGCGUGGCUCUUUCAAUGCAUUGCUGCUCUCAUCGCAUUUUAUAUCAUUCUCUGUGCUCACAGUAUGCAGGAGAUUCUUCCUGUCAUCAUGGGGCUUGAGAGAGAGGAAGGGAUACAUGUCGGCCUCUAUGCGCAUUGCGCACAAGGGUUGCUGGUCAGAAUUAGUGUUUAUGGGAGUCCAUUCAUCUGAUUUUCAACAAAAGUUAGAGAGGAAGAUUUUGAUGUGAAUUUCUGGAUAAAAUCCCUGAUUUCUCUUACUUGGACUCAGAUCACCAUAUGCUGAAUCGGAUUUCUUUAACAAGAUUGAUCAUUGCGGAUGAGAUGGACUACUUAAUAACACGAGACCGGGCUGUGCUACAUGACGUUUUCAUGCUUACCAACCACCAGUUCUCAAGAUGCAUACUAAUAGGAAUUGUAAAUGCCAUAGACCCAACAGAUCGCUUUCUACCAAAGCUUCAAUCAUUAAAUUCUGGUCUGAUAAGUGAAAAUACAACAGUACUUUAUUAUUUACAGGUAACUGAUAAUAUGUACAUUCUAAUUUUCUUCUAUACUCCAGUGCCCUGAUACGUCUCCAACGUAUCUAUAAUUUUUGAUUGCUCCAUGCUAUAUUAUAUUUUGUUUUGUACAUUAUUGGGCUUUAUUAUACACUUUUAUAUUAUUUUUCGGACUAACCUAUUAACCGGAGGCCCAGCCCAGAAUUGCUGUUUUUUGCCUAUUUCAGAGUUUUGCAGAAAAAGAAUAUCAAACGGAGUCCAAACGGAAUGAAACCUUCGGGAACGUGAUUUUCGGAACGAACGUGA